AUGGGCGACGGCGGAGGAACAACAAGUCCGGAUCUUGCGUCGAUGGACGGAAGCGGCAUUUCAACCUCUGAUCUUGACCGUCAGAUUGCACAGUUGCGCUGCUGUGAGAUUAUUCGUGAGUCGGAAGUCAAAGCGUUGUGUGCUAAGGCCCGCGAGAUUCUCAUUGAGGAAAGCAACGUGCAAGUCGUAGACGCACCGGUAACUGUUUGUGGGGACAUCCACGGUCAGUUCUACGACCUAAAAGAGCUAUUCCGUGUCGGCGGUGAUGUGCCAGAAACAAAUUAUUUAUUCAUGGGCGAUUUCGUCGACCGUGGUUACUAUUCUGUAGAGACGUUCCUACUGUUGCUGGCAUUAAAAGUGCGCUAUCCUGAUCGUAUUACGCUGAUUCGGGGCAACCAUGAAUCGCGGCAAAUCACGCAGGUUUACGGUUUCUACGAUGAAUGCAUGCGCAAAUACAAUAGUGUUACAGUAUGGCGUUACUGUACUGAGAUCUUCGACUAUCUUUCUCUGUCGGCUAUUAUCGACGGGAAGAUUUUUUGUGUUCACGGCGGUUUGUCGCCAUCGAUUCAAACGCUAGACCAAAUUCGAACCAUCGACAGAAAGCAAGAAGUGCCCCACGAUGGGCCUAUGUGCGAUCUGCUAUGGUCCGAUCCCGAGGAUAUGCAGGGUUGGGGCGUGAGUCCUCGAGGAGCUGGUUACCUCUUUGGCAGUGACGUCGUGCAACAGUUCAAUGCGGCAAACAAUAUUGAUAUCAUCUGUCGCGCGCACCAGCUAGUCAUGGAGGGUUACAAAUGGCAUUUCAACGAAUUAGUGCUAACUGUUUGGUCUGCGCCAAAUUACUGUUAUCGGUGCGGAAACGUAGCGGCGAUACUCGAAUUGGAUGAAUAUCUGCAAAGGGACUUCACGAUCUUUGAAGCCGCACCACCCGAAAGUCGAGGAAUACCAACAAAAAAACCCCAGCCAGAUUAUUUUCUUUAA